AUGCAUACUAAACAAAAGAGACACUUGAUAGAGACCAGAAGAAGAAGAGAUGGACCAGAAACUGCCAUCGGCCAAUCCAAGUGGACAGCAAGCCCACAGGAAGUGGGGCCAUAUCUGUCCCAUGGAAUUGUGGGACGGCUAGAGUCCGAAUGGGCUCACCGCUGUUCCAGCUUUCUUUCAGGUUCUCUUUCUGAGGAUGUUACUGUUUGCAAAGGUCGGGACCUCACUCUAACUCAGUUUUCCAUAAAGGCCCGUGAAAAGGCGAACCGACUCCAGGGCGCCCCCAGCCAGCUGAUGCUGGCACUGCAACAGCAGCUCAGUGAGCUGAGGUUGGAUGCAGGACUCACAUGUGAGCAGUAUACAGAGGAGGAUUUGGACUGUCCCAGUGCUUCAAGCUCAGGGUUUUAUGAGCAAAGUGAAAGUCUGUCUCCUCCACUGCGUUCCUGUUCCUCUCCAAACCUCAGUGUGUCCUGUCACAGGCCCAGAUCUGUGGAUACCUACAUGCUGGACUGGGAGGGUCAUAUGGAGCCCACAGUACAUGCCACCAUGCCCCGCUCAUUUUCUGCCCCGUACCCCCCACUGGAGGGUAUUGCCGAGGGAAUAGAGGAGGAAGAAGAAGAUGAACAAAGUCCUCAGUGGAUUACAGAUCAGAUAGCCGAUGAAAGCCUCACUUCUGAUGCUGAGGCAGAUCCUGUAGUGAAGAUAGAAGACGGCCCAACAGAAGAAGACAUCCAGCAGGCAAUGCGUGUGGAGACGUACAUCCUGGGACUCCUACAGCGACGACACCUCAGAUCUACAGCAGAACUCAACUCUGAUCCCGAACAGUGGCAUGACUUACACACAUACCCACCCAGUUACCCACAGCUUGACCAAUCGGAAUGGCAGGAAUGGGCAACUCUCUCUGAGGUAGAGAAUGAGCGUGAAUCCCAAGAUGGAUAUUACAUGAACCUUCCCAGUGCCCAAGCUGAACCAACUUCCUUAAGCAGUGAGGAGCCAGAAUCCUCCUUGGAGAUGGAUCAGUAUGGAGUCGAAGAAGUCCACACCAGCAGCAACGACUCCCCUCGGCAUCAACCGGUUUACAUCGAACGCCGUCCCACAAUGUCAGACACCAUGAAACCCCACAUUCACACCUGCUGCAAUCACACCUGCGUACCUACGUUGUCGACUCCUGAGUCCCGUGAGCAACACCAGCCCACUCCAUCCCAAAAGUGGGCCCUUCUUCGGUCCCUAGCCAGAAGGAGUCCAGAGGAAAGGUGGACAACUCUAGGAGAAAGACAAACCAAGUCGACCAUCCGCUCUCGGUCAGAGGACAGUUGCGUCUCUCAAGGAUGGACUGCCCAACCAGAGCACAAAUACUAUACGGUGGGACAGGACAUGGGCAGGCAUUAUAGUGACGAAUUUGAUCCAUCUAAUCAGCGACUGUGGUGCUCCUCGGCAGACCUCAGUCAAGAAGAAGAUGAGGGGAUAUUCAGAGAAGACAUGCACGAUUUCAGACUAAAUCAGUUACCCACCAAACGCACUAGUGUUCAGUUCAUGGAGCAGAACCAAGAGGCCACUACUGCAACGACUGAAGGGUCCGACUCCAGUCUGAGCGAGACUUUCUCUCCAGGAACCAGUUCGGUGUCCAGUGACUCAGAUGAGAGCGGAGGGCUGGUCUGGCCUCAGCAACUGCCCCCUCGCUUGCCCUCAUCCCCCUCUUCUUCGCAGAAUCCCUCCAAUGCUGUGGUCAAGAUAAAAGCCUCGCAUGCGCUCAAAAAGAAGAUCAUGCGAUUUCGUUCAGGCUCCCUCAAACUCAUGACCACGGUCUGAGUCUGGCCAUGAACAUCUCUGCCUAUUUAUACUUUAAAAUUCAUUUGAGAGCUUUAUGUAAUACUCUUACAUUAUAUGUGGCGUACUGAAUACUGAUUCCGGGUCCAAGACUUUACUCCUGAAUACUGAACCAACGGCUAUUUAUGAGUACUCAUUUAUAGCACGCCUUUAAGCUAAGCUUUUAAAAACUCACAGUGUACAAUCUCCGGCCUCACAGAGUUAUGGAUACCAAUAUUUUAAUUAUUUAGAAGAAAUGUUUGAGGUUAGGAUCAUGUUUUUUUGGUAGUUCUGCAGCACACUCUGGGUGUAUAUUAGCAUCGUUUGUUGCUUGCUUUUGGGAUCUGAUAGAGCGUUUGGACUCGGAAACUGUGACGUGAUGUCAGACUUAAACCAGAUUUACACUUGUUUAUAAGUCCAACCUCUGGGAUUAUUGUAUAUUUCUUCUUGUUAAUAAAAGAUUUGAUGAGACGCAACGACAAGACGCAAACCCACUAAGCACACCAAACCCAUUACAAGAUUAUAUGGUUUUGUAUUUAAUAGGACUACUGUAUGUGUUCAUGGAUUAGUUUGUCCAAAAAUGAAUAUUUUGGCAUCAUUUACUCACCCUCAUGUCGUUCCAAACCUGUAUGACUUUCUUUUUGGAGCACAGAAGGAUCACAUUGUAUUUUGUCCAUACAACUUUGUCCAAAGUCAAUGGUCACCAAAACUGUUUGAUC